AUGCUUUUUUCUUUGUUUUUCCUAGUUGAAAGUCAAGAACUCAACAACCCCGAGCCAGAUUAUUGGACAGGAUGGUCACCUUCUCCAUCUUGGGGGCCUACUCAUGUUCCAAAACAAACCUGGCCAACAAAUGAAGCACCAUGGCCACCAACACGAUCAAAAAAGCCAACAUCAACCGUUGAACCUCAUAGCAAUAAGUUAGGAACUGUAGCAAUUAUACUUAUUACACUUGGCGCUGUUAUUUUUGUAGCUGUAAUUGUUGUUUUGGUACUGUACGCAUUUGGAAUCAUUGGUCACAAGAAUAAGAAAAUUCGGGCAUUAUCUCUCAAAGUUUGA